AUGUAUCGGUCAGUGAGCAGAGUACCAGUUUUCAGCAUUAGUAAUCUGAUUAAGCGGAAUAUUACCAAGAUGAGCAGUGAGACACCAUUAAAUAUGAGGACAGACGGACCUGUUAUAACUUCAAUUACAACAAAGAUCAAGGCGAAGUUCCCUGAUGUGGAACACCUAGCGGUGUUCAACGAUUCUUACAAACACAAGGGACAUGAACCCAUGGAGACCGCCGAAAACACUACUGAAUCACAUAUAAGACUUGAAAUAGUCACUGAGGCUUUUAAGGGCUUGAAUCUGCCAAAGAGGCAUAGAUUAGUCUAUGGUCUUCUUAAAGAGGAGUUCGACGACAUGGGAUUGCAUGCUUUACAAUUAACCACUAAGACUCCAGAGGAGUAUGCAAAGAGUCAGCAAAGUUCCAAGGCUCAAACCUGUAAAGGCGAUUAA